AUGGGAAAUAUGCAGAAAGGAAUGCAACAGACAGGGAUCGCCAGGGGCUCGCAUACCGGGCAGGUGCGGGAUGAAGGAGGUUGCGUCCUAGUUAAUGCUGCAGAUACCACUCCAGUGGAAGACUACGAUGUCCUACAAUACAUCAAUCCCUUGAUCGGCAGUGCCAACGGAGGAAAUGUGUUUCCAGGCGCCUCGCUUCCAUAUGGCAUGGCGAAAGCCGUCGCCGACACAGACUCAGAAUCCAAUCAAGGAGGCUUCGCCUACGAGGGCGGCAGUGUCACCGGAUUCUCCAGCAUGCACGACUCCGGCACUGGAGGCAGUCCUUCGUUAGGCAAUUUCCCUCUCUUUCCCUAUGCAAAAUGCGCCGGGGACGAUGUGAAUGGCUGUGUCUACCCGAAAAACCAACGGAAGACGAAGUAUAAGCCCGACUCGGUCCAGGCGCACCCAGGAUACUUCGCAAUAGAAUUGGCGUCGGGCGUCCGGGUUGAUAUGACAACUGCGCACCAUACGUCCCUGUUUCGCUUCCAGUUCCCUAAAGAUGGCAGUACCAGCCCAUUGAUCUUGCUGGAUCUCACCGAUUUGUCGAACUCCCGUCAAGACAAUGCGACCAUCUCGGUGGAUAGCACAACGGGCCGGAUGACCGGUGAUGCGCGCUUCGCUCCUAGUUUUGGAUCAGGGUCGUAUAUCUUGCAUUUCUGUGCGGAUUUCAAAAGCCCUGCGGCCCAGCGUGACAGUGGUAUCUUUGUCAAUUCUCGUGCUAGUGCUGGUGUUCAUGACCUGAAGAUAUCGCGCAGUAUCAAUGGAUACCCGCUCCCGGGUGGUGGAUUUGUCCGGUUCAAGUCAGCUCCAGACAAUACGGUUCUCGCUCGAGUUGGCGUCAGCUUCAUGAGCGCAGAGCAAGCUUGCGCUCAUGCAGAGUCUGAGAUACCACACUUCGACUUCAAUGCAACCCGCCAGACAGCAGUUGAACAAUGGACCGAAAAGAUGCGUCCGAUCCGCGUCUCACGAACAAACAUCGAUGCAUCCGUUCUAUCCAAUUUCUACAGUGGAAUCUACAGGACCAUGAUCAACCCUCAGAACUACACAGGAGAGAACCCGCUCUGGAAGAGUAGUGAGCCUUACUUUGAUUCGUUCUAUUGUCUUUGGGAUUCUUUCCGCUCUCAGAUUCCAUUCCUCACCAUCUUCGAUCCUUCCUCGGUAAUUCAGAUGGUGCGCUCACUCAUUGAUACCCAGCGCCAUCUAGGCUGGCUGCCGGACUGUCGCAUGUCACUGUGCAAAGGAUACACACAAGGCGGUUCCAACGCCGACAAUGUCCUAGCAGAUGUCUACCUGAAAGGGCUCAGGGAUGGGAUUGAUUGGGAUGCCGGGUACGCAGCUGUGCAAAAGGAUGCCGAGGAGGAGCCAUACGACUGGUCCAGCGAAGGCCGCGGGGGUCUACGAAGCUGGAAGGAUCUACACUAUAUACCCGUGGAAGACUUCGACUACGAGGGAUUCGGCACAAUGACCCGCAGUAUUUCACGCACACUCGAGUACUCGUACAACGACUUCGCUAUAGCGCAAAUGGCUCGCGGUCUAAACAAGACCGCGGAUGCAGAACGAUACGAGAAAAGAUCGCGGUACUGGCAAAAUUUAUUCAAGAAGGACCAGGCCUCUCUCUGGAAGGGCAACGAUACUGGCUUCACCGGCUUCUUCCAGCCAAAGUAUCUGAAUGGAACAUGGGGCGUCCAAGAUCCCCUCGAAUGCUCAAACAUCGACCAGAGCGGACACGCCUGCUCACUGCAAAACACCGCAGGUGAAACCUUCGAAUCCAGCAUCUGGGAGUAUCAAUUCUUUGUCCCCCAUGACAUGCACACCCUAGUAACCCUCCUCGGUGGCCCUACCGACUUCGUCGCCCGUCUUGACUACCUUCACGACCAAAACAUAACCUACAUCGGCAAUGAGCCCGCCUUCCUAACGGUGUUCCAAUACCACUACGCGGGCCGACCCGCAAAAUCGACCUCCCGCGUGCGCACCUAUAUCCCAGACUACUUCUCGCCAACGCCGGCCGGACUACCGGGCAACGACGACUCAGGCGCAAUGGGCUCGUUCGUCGCCAUGGCGAUGAUGGGAUUAUUCCCGAACCCAGGUCAGAGUGUGUACCUCCUCACAGUGCCAUUCUUCGAGUCCGUUAGUAUUGUCUCCCCGUUGACGGGGAAAACGGCAACGCUGAGGACGGUCAAUUGGGCUCAGUUUAAUACGGCUAAUGCUACUGGCGCUGCUGCCGGUGGAAAUGGGUUUAUUCAGUCUGCGACGCUGGAUGGGAAGCCUUAUACUAGGAAUUGGAUUGGUCACGAUUUCUUCACAGAGGGACGGGAGUUGGUUCUUGUUCUUGGGAAGGAGGAGAGUGAGUGGGGGACUAAAUUGGAGGAUCUGCCGCCUUCUUUGGCGCCGGAGGUUGGGGUUCGUGGUGGUGAUUGGGCUGUGAGUGACCCUAGCUGGGAGAGUCUUAUUGAGAAUUGGCAGAUUGAUGCUUUGCAUCUUGACCAUCAUGUCCGUAAGGCUGGGAAUGGUCAUGUGGAUACGGAGGGAUUGGUAGAGUGA